GCGGUCCCCAAAGGUUUGCCUACGCUGAUUUGAGCACCCCACAUCCUCCCCACAGAACGUUCUCGCCUUGUCCGCCUUUGCUGGGGCACCCGCGGGCGGUGGGACAGACAACAUCGCGGCAUGAGUUGAAGCUGUGACAGAUGGGGAAGCUGAGACCCAGAGGGGUAACUUUUUCAAGAUUCCAUAAAAGAGCCAGGAUUUGAAUAUAGUUCUUCUAAUUGUUUGAAAACACAAUGGCAGGAAACAGCCUUGUCCUACCCAUUGUUCUUUGGGGUCGCAAAGCACCAACACAUUGCAUCUCAGCAGUACUUUUAACAGACGACGGGACCACGAUUGUAACUGGAUGCCAUGAUGGACAAAUAUGUCUCUGGGAUCUCUCAGUAGAAUUGGAAGUUAAUCCUCGAGCACUGUUGUUUGGUCACACAGCCUCAAUCACCUGUUUGUCUAAAGCUUGUGCUUCUACUGACAAACAGUAUAUUGUGAGUGCGUCUGAAAGUGGAGAGAUGUGUCUUUGGGAUGUGAAUGAUGGCAGAUGUAUUGAAUUUACAAAAUUAGCCUGCACACAUACAGGCAUACAGUUCUACCAGUUUUCUGUUGGAAAUCAGAAAGAAGGAAGGCUUCUGUGCCAUGGCCACUACCCUGAAAUCCUCGUUGUGGAUGCCACCAGCCUUGAGGUGUUAUACUCCUUAGUAUCAAAGAUCUCUCCAGACUGGAUUAGCUCCAUGAGUAUUAUUCGAUCCCAUCGAACACAAGAGGAUACUGUGGUAGCCCUUUCAGUGACGGGCAUCUUGAAGGUGUGGAUUGUCACCUCUGAAAUAAGUGGCAUGCAGGAUACUGAGCCAAUAUUUGAGGAGGAAUCCAAACCAAUUUAUUGUCAGAAUUGCCAAAGCAUUUCUUUUUGUGCAUUCACACAAAGAUCGCUUUUGGUUGUGUGCUCCAAAUAUUGGAGGGUAUUUGAUGCUGGAGAUUAUUCCUUGCUGUGUUCAGGUCCUAGUGAAAAUGGACAGACGUGGACUGGAGGUGACUUUGUAUCAGCAGAUAAAGUAAUCAUUUGGACUGAAAAUGGACAAAGUUAUAUUUACAGACUACCUGCCAGUUGCCUUCCAGCUAGUGAUUCAUUCCGCAGUGAUGUAGGGAAAGCAGUUGAAAAUUUAAUUCCUCCCGUACAGCAUAGCCUCUUGGACCGAACAGAUAAAGAGUUACUAAUUUGUCCUCCUGUUACUCGGUUCUUCUACGGAUGCAGGGAACACAUUCAUAAACUCUUAAUUCAAGGUGAUUCUUCAGGAAGAUUGAAUAUUUGGAACAUAUCAGACACACCUGAUAAACAGGAAGAGCUGAAAAUGACAACCUCUAUUAGCUUGCAAGAAGCAUUUGAUAAACUGAAUCCUUGUCCUGCUGGAAUUAUAGAUCAGCUGAGCGUGAUUCCCAAUAGUAGUGAACCUCUUAAAGUCACCGCAAGCGUGUACAUCCCGGCUCACGGACGACUCGUCUGUGGCCGUGAGGACGGAAGCAUCAUUAUUGUGCCCGCCACCCAGACGGCCAUCGUGCAGCUGCUGCAAGGGGAACACAUGCUCCGCCGAGGUUGGCCACCUCACAGAACACUCCGUGGUCAUCGGAACAAAGUCACAUGUUUGCUAUAUCCUCAUCAGGUCUCAGCUCGUUAUGAUCAAAGAUACCUGAUAUCUGGAGGUGUGGAUUUUUCAGUCAUAAUUUGGGACAUAUUUUCUGGAGAAAUGAAGCACAUCUUCUGUGUGCAUGGUGGCGAGAUUACUCAACUUCUAGUUCCACCUGAAAACUGUAGUGCAAGAGUGCAGCACUGUAUCUGCUCUGUAGCCAGUGACCACUCAGUAGGACUCCUAAGUCUGCGAGAAAAAAAAUGCAUUAUGCUGGCAUCUCGUCAUCUGUUCCCCGUUCAAGUAAUCAAGUGGAGGCCUUCUGAUGAUUACCUAGUAGUGGGAUGUUCAGAUGGCUCGGUGUACGUCUGGCAAAUGGACACUGGCGCGUUGGAUCGCUGCGUGAUGGGGAUAACCGCUGUAGAGAUACUGAAUGCCUGUGAUGAAGCAGUUCCCGCUGCGGCUGACUCACUUAGUCACCCAGCCAUCAACCUCAAGCAGGCUAUGACCCGGCGUAGUCUUGCUGCUCUUAAAAACAUGGCCCAUCAUAAGCUCCAGACUCUUGCAACUAACCUCUUGGCUUCCGAGGCAUCUGACAAAGGGAAUUUACCUAAAUAUUCCCAUAACUCCCUGAUGGUUCAAGCAAUAAAGACAAACCUAACAGAUCCGGACAUACAUGUGCUUUUCUUUGAUGUGGAAGCGUUGAUUAUUCAACUCUUGACUGAAGAAGCCUCUAGGCCGAAUACCGCGCUUAUUUCCCCAGAGAAUUUGCAAAAAGCAUCUGGCAGUUCAGACAAAGGGGGCUCUUUUCUAACUGGAAAACGAGCAGCGGUUCUGUUCCAACAAGUGAAAGAAACCAUCAAAGAGAACAUAAAGGAACAUCUCCUUGAUGAUGAAGAGGAGGAUGAGGAGAUAAUGAGGCAGAGGAGGGAAGACAGCGAUCCAGAAUACCGGGCCAGCAAAUCUAAGCCAUUGACCCUAUUAGAAUAUAAUUUAACAAUGGACACUGCAAAAUUGUUCAUGUCCUGUCUUCAUGCCUGGGGUUUAAAUGAAGUUCUGGAUGAAGUUUGUCUUGAUCGCCUUGGAAUGCUGAAACCCCAUUGCACAGUAUCUUUUGGUCUCCUGUCUCGAGGAGGUCAUAUGUCAUUGAUGCUUCCUGGUUAUAAUCAGCCUGCUCGUAAACUAUCACAUGGGAAAGUGGAAGUAGGAAGGAAGCUGCCAGCAGCCGAGGGCGCAGGAAAGGGAACUUACGGAGUGUCCCGAGCCGUCACCACCCAGCAUCUACUGUCUAUCAUAUCUUUGGCAAAUACGUUAAUGAGUAUGACCAACGCAACGUUUAUUGGUGAUCAUAUGAAGAAGGGUCCUACCAGGCCACCUCGACCAAGCACCCCAGACCUUUCUAAGGCAAGGGGUUCCCCUCCAACUUCCAGUAAUAUUGUGCAAGGACAGAUUAAACAAGUUCCUGCUCCUGUCAUUUCCGCUCGGUCUGAUGCUGAUCACUCUGGCUCUGACCCUGCUUCUACUCCUGCUUUACAUACCUGUUUCUUAGUAAAUGAAGGAUGGAGUCAGUUGGCUGCUAUGCAUUGUGUUAUGCUGCCAGACCUGCUGGGAUUGGACAAGUUUAGGCCUCCACUUCUAGAGAUGCUGGCUCGGAGAUGGCAAGAUCGAUGCUUGGAGGUCAGAGAAGCCGCGCAGGCCCUGCUUCUAGCUGAACUGAGAAGAAUUGAGCAAGCGGGACGGAAGGAAGCCAUUGAUGCCUGGGCCCCAUACUUACCUCAGUAUAUGGACCAUGUCAUAUCACCUGGAGUCUCAGCAGAAGCCAUGCAGACUAUCGGCACUGCUCCUGAUGCCCUGGGGCCAGAAGCCAAAGUCCAGGAAGAAGAGCACGACCUUGCAGAUGAUGACAUCACAACCGGUUGCUUAUCAAGUAUCCCACAAAUGAAAAAGAUUUCCACAUCUUAUGAGGAAAGACGGAAGCAAGCUACUGCUAUUGUUUUACUAGGAGUCAUAGGAGCUGAAUUUGGUGCUGAAAUUGAACCUCCCAAAUUGUUGACCAGACCGCGAAGCUCUAGCCAGAUUCCUGAGGGAUUUGGCUUGACUAGUGGUGGAUCCAACUACUCACUGGCCAGACACACUUGUAAGGCACUGACAUUUCUACUGUUGCAGCCCCCGAGCCCCAAACUGCCCCCCCACAGCACGAUCCGAAGAACAGCCAUUGAUCUGAUUGGCCGUGGCUUCACAGUCUGGGAGCCUUACAUGGAUGUGUCUGCAGUCCUCAUGGGGCUUCUCGAACUUUGUGCUGAUGCCGAGAAACAGCUCGCCAACAUCACAAUGGGGCUGCCUCUUAGCCCGGCUGCUGACUCCGCCCGCUCUGCGAGGCACGCCCUCUCGCUCAUUGCCACUGCCAGACCACCCGCCUUCAUCACAACUAUCGCCAAAGAGGUGCACAGACACACAGCUCUUGCAGCAAAUACCCAGUCACAGCAGAGCGUGCACACAACAGCUCUUGCACGAGCUAAAGGGGAAGUUCUGAGAGUCAUUGAGAUUCUUAUUGAAAAGAUGCCCACAGAUGUUGUGGAUCUUCUCGUAGAGGUUAUGGACAUCAUUAUGUACUGCCUUGAAGGAUCUUUAGUUAAAAAGAAAGGUCUUCAAGAAUGUUUCCCAGCCAUCUGCAGUUCUGUGCCCAAGUUCCUCUUCAGCAUCAUGCCUGCAGUCACGUUGAAGAAUCUUCCAAGAGGGUGUCAUAUGAAGAUCGCCGGUGCAUUGAUUGUAGGGAUCAAUGCUGAUGUCCCCAGCACUUUGCUUACUGUCCCUUCUGUGAAGACUCAGGACAUAUCUUUUAAACUCGGAUAACAAGCACUUUUUGUUCGUUUUGUCCUAAGGAACCAGUAUGUGUAUUGUUUUUUGUGUCUGUUCUUUCUUCUACAUAACCAGGGUUAAUUUUGCUUUGGCCCUUAGGUAGCUCAAAGCCAGAUCUUUGCCUGAUUUUCAGUAAGUCAUGAAAGUGACUUACGUCACCCAUAUUAUAUCUUUCCUCGUCGUCACACCUCAGGUGGCUUUCUUUUCUGCCUUUUUACUGGAUUAUGGUGUUCCAUAUAAGCUUCCCUAAGUCCUUUGUGUAGUAUGUGACUAUAUAUGUAUGUAUGUGUAUAUGUGAAAUGGACACAUAUCUUAAAUUUUACUUCAAAAGCCAUGGAAACAAAAAUAAUUGUAUGCAUAAUACCAGUGAUGAUUAUCUUCUAAACAUUUUUUAAAAAGUCUUUCUAUUAACUGCAGUAUCCUAGAUCUUCGUGGAGUAGUUUAUGUAUCUGUAGAUACUCUCCUAUAUUAUUUAGUGAAAGAUCCAAAAAUCACAUUAUUUUAACUGCUGUAUAAACUUUAUAGUCAUAGAUUUAAAUAUUUCCUAAUAAUUCACAUUUUGGUUCCAGGGAUGUUAUUAAUAAUAUAGAAGCAUCCAUUAAUAAUAGAAGAAAAUUACUUAAAUUUCACUGCCCUUGAGAGACUGUAGCACACACAUCCUUCAAAGAACUGUUACACAAAAUAGUUCUGCUGCCAGAUUUUUCAUCACUAUAACAAAUAAGGCUAUAUUAUUAUAUAGGAAAUACACUGCAUUCUUUUUAGAACACAGAUACAUUAUCAGUAAGAUUCUUGAAACAGUGAAUUACUUUUAUAUUUAUGAAUGAGCCGAAUCAGAGGUACAGUCAGGUAACUUAUUUAAGAAAUGAAUUCCUCCAGAUUCUCGCCUGUCUCGCUGGCCUUUGCUUCGCCAUCAUCAGGCUUCUACAUGAGGCCUCAUUCGGCCCUCUGGGUAAUUGUUGUUAGAGACAGAAGUCCAGAGGGUUCUGAGUAAUUUACAUUUAAUUGCCUGGACUAGAAGAAAUACAGCAUCCUUAGUUAAAAAUGCCCUAGACACUAAGAAAGUAGAACCGAUUUUUUUCAAGGAGUGGAGGAUAUGCAUCACUGAAGUUUCUUCAGAAUUUCCUUUUUAAAAUGUAGUUACCAACUGCUAUGUUGCUGAACUUGAAUAUCCUUGUGAAGUCCCUCAUACAACAGACCAUCAGCAACACUGAGCAUGCCAUGUUUGAUUCGGUUUGAUUAAUCAACCUCUGUUGGUCACCGUAUAAACACUGACAUUCUACAUGGCUAUAUUUGAUACAGUAGCCUAAAAAAUCAAAGUGCAGAAAUGCACAGGUGUUCCUGAACUAAGAGAAAAACAGUAUACCACACAUACGUGCGACAUGUACUUGUUCUAAAGUGAAUACAGGUGUGUUAUUCAUUUUGUAAAAAUAUUCUUUUGCUAGUCUCAGAAUAAAAAAAAUUAAGCUCUUGGAAGCUACUGCCUAUCAAAGCUCCAUUAGGAAAGAAAAGAAAAUACCUCCAGAAAUAUAACGUAAUUAUAAUGUGAUGUUUAAAUUUAAGACUGUUUUAUUACGUUCUUGUGUACCAGUGGUGACAAAAUGCAUAGCACACAAAGGAUUAGGGAUUUAAUAAUGAAAUUGUGAGUUGAUGAGAAAAUAUGAUUAUAUUUGGAGAUAUAAAAAGUUCCAGGAUUUUUUCAUAGCAAAAAUUACAUACAUAUGCCUCUAAAUGCAAUUUUUAGUCACAACUCCUCAGUUAUGCACAUUAUAAGUAGUUUGGAGGGGCUUUUGUAUCUACUUCCUUUAGAGUGCCCUUAGCAAAAAGUAACCAAAAGCCGUACGCCCCAGAAUUCCCGGAUAGAUCCUUAUUUCAUGCAUUUUUAUUUUAAGUUGAAGCAAUUGAUCUGAAAUAUAACUAAGAGUGAUUCAACUUUUAUGCUUUUGAAAGACUUGUCAAAUAAAUUCACAGAUUCAAAAGAAAUCUUUUGUUGGGCUCUGUCCCAAUUUUGGGUUCAGAAAGUAUGAACUCUUGACAUAGGCACUCCAUAGCGGAGGGUGGAUAAUGAUACCAGCUCUGCCACUUAAUAAUGUUGAGUCCUUAAUUUCCACAAAAUAAACGACACCUGUCAUUUCACCUAAGCAGUGGCCUGGCUGCAAUAUUUUCAUAGAAUGACAAGUUGUAGAAUGGUGAACCUGAAAACGACCUUAUGUCACACAUUACGUACUCCUGUCCUUCAUUUUACAAACGGACAAAUGUAUGACUUUUUGUGCUGACAGUGAGACGACAAUAAAGCCCAGCUCUGCUCAACAGAUCCCACACCUGCUCUGUGUCCUGCAGAGGAGGGAGUCCACGGGCGUGCACACAUCAGGCGACAUACAGAGUUGGGCCAUCUUAUCAGAGGGCGACAUGGCUCCUGUUGUGUUCCAGGCGCUGGUCCCUUCCUGCCUCACUCUCAUUCCAUCCUCUUUCCCCAUCUUGGACUGUGCUCUCUGGAGAACCCUGCUGUCACUGUGUCUUCUCUUCCCCCUGGCACCUAGUCCUCAGCCUGGACGCAGGCUCUGAUAUCUCCCAUUGAACAAUCCUCCCUUCCCUCCACAUAUCACCUGUCUGCUGCCUGGUCUCUCUUCUCUCCUCCGCCAGGAAAAGGAGUCUGUACUCUGUCUAUUUUGUCACCUCUCGUGCCCUCUUGGCCCACUCUGAUCUGAUAUUUGCCCCCCCAACUGUUUUGCUUACCUCUCUCUCUAUCCCUCUGGUUAAACUUUUUUGAUUGUCCAAUGUUUUUUAGUCUUCAGGGACUCCCAAACUUUUUGGUCUCAGAACUCCUUAAAAAGUAAAGACCCAAAAGAAUUAUUUGAAAUACUGAAUGCAGUUCAUGUUGAUAUAACAACAUAUUUUUAUGAAAAAUAACUACUUUGCAAAACAAACCAAAACAAAAACCCUGAAAAAGUAGCAUUGCUUAACAUUUUUAUAGACUUCUUUCAUGUCUGGCUUAAUAGGAGACAGGUGGAUUUUCACAUCUCUGCCCGUCUUUAAUCUGUUGCCAUAUGUUGUUUUAAUUGAAGUACGUGGUGAAAAAUCUGGCCUCACA